AUGUUAAGAGCAAUAUCGUCAAAGACUGGCUCAAGGUCAUUGAUGAAAAAUGUUCUACUUAAAAGAACAUCAACUAUUCCAUAUUUAACUUCACAGAAAAGAUCUAUUGUUACUGGUACAGAUAAUUUUUUAUCAACUUCAAAUGCUCAAUAUAUUGAUGAAAUGUUUGAAGCUUGGCAAAAGGAUCCAUCUUCUGUUCAUGUUUCAUGGAAUGCAUAUUUUAAAAAUUUAAAAAAUAAUACAGGUGCACCUGCUUCAACAGCUUUUCAAGCUCCACCAAUUUUAAUUGGUACCCCACAAGGUACACAAUCAAAUCCAUUAGGUGUAAAUUCUUCAAGUAAUGGUGUUGAUAGUAAUGUGAAUUUACAUUUAAAAGUACAACUAUUAUGUAGAGCUUAUCAAGUUAGAGGUCAUUUGAAAGCCCAUAUUGAUCCUCUAAAAAUUUCAUUUGGUGAUGAUCAAGUUAAACCAACACCACCUGAAUUAACUAUCGAGUAUUAUGGUUUUACUAAAAAUGAUUUAGAUAGAGAAAUUACGUUAGGACCAGGUAUUUUACCAAGAUUCGCCAAGAAUGGCAAAAGUACAAUGACUUUAGGUAAUAUUAUCAAAGAAUUAGAAUCAUUAUAUUGUAAAUCUUAUGGUAUUCAAUAUACUCAUAUCCCUUCAAAAGUUAAAUGUGAAUGGUUAAGAGAUAGAAUUGAAAUUCCAGAUCCUUAUAAAUAUACUAUUGAUCAAAAGAGACAAAUUUUAGAUAGAUUAAUUUGGAGUACUUCAUUUGAAAGUUUCUUAUCAACUAAAUUUCCAAAUGAUAAAAGAUUUGGUCUUGAAGGUUUAGAAGCUGUUGUCCCAGGUAUUAAAACAUUAAUUGAUCGUUCUGUUGAAUUGGGUGUUGAAGAUGUUGUUUUAGGGAUGGCUCAUCGUGGUAGAUUAAAUGUCUUGUCUAAUGUGGUUCGUAAACCAAAUGAAUCUAUUUUCGCUGAAUUCAAAGGUUCAACUAAUCAAGAUACAAUUGAAGGUUCUGGUGAUGUUAAAUAUCAUUUAGGUAUGAAUUAUCAAAGACCAACUACUUCAGGAAAAUAUGUUAAUUUAUCUCUUGUGGCUAAUCCAUCUCAUUUGGAAGCACAAGAUCCAGUGGUCCUAGGUAGAACAAGAGCUUUACUACAUGAUAAAAAUGAUCUUGUUGAAAAAACAAAGGCUUUAGGUGUUUUAUUACAUGGUGAUGCUGCAUUUGCAGGUCAAGGUGUUGUCUAUGAAACUAUGGGAUUCUUAACUUUACCUGAAUAUUCAACCGGUGGUACUAUUCACGUUAUCACUAACAAUCAAAUUGGUUUCACUACUGAUCCAAGAUUUUCUAGAUCUACUCCAUAUCCAUCUGAUUUAGCAAAGGCUAUCGAUGCUCCAAUUUUCCAUUGUAAUGCUAAUGAUAUUGAAGCAGUUACAUAUAUCUUCCAUUUAGCCGCAGAAUGGAGAGCUACUUUCCAUACUGAUGCUAUCAUUGAUAUUGUCGGUUGGAGAAAACAUGGUCAUAAUGAGACUGAUCAACCCGCUUUUACACAACCUUUAAUGUAUCAAAAGAUUGCACAACAAGAAAAUGUUAUCGACACUUAUACCGAUAAGUUGAUCAAAGAAGGUUCCUUCACAAAGAAAGAUAUUGAUGAACACAAGAAAUGGGUUUGGGGUCUGUUCGAAGAUGCUUUUGAAAAGGCUAAAGAAUACGUUCCAACUCAAAGAGAAUGGUUAACAGCUGCUUGGGAAGGUUUCAAAUCUCCAAAGGAAUUGGCUACUGAGAUCUUACCUCAUGAGCCAACCAAUGUUGAUGAAACAACAUUGAAGAGUAUUGGUAAAACCAUUUCAUCAUGGCCUGAAAACUUCGAUGUUCACAGAAACUUGAAGAGAAUCUUGAAUAACAGAGGGAAGACUAUCGAAACAGGUGAAGGUAUCGAUUGGGCUACUGGUGAAGCUUUGGCAUACGGUACUUUGAUGCUUGAAGGUAACCAUGUUAGAGUAUCUGGUGAAGAUGUUGAAAGAGGUACUUUCUCUCAACGUCAUGCAGUUCUACAUGAUCAGAAAUCAGAGGCAACUUAUACACCAUUGAAGCAUUUAGAUCCAAAACAAUCAGAUUUCACCAUCUCUAAUUCCUCUCUAUCUGAAUAUGGUGUUAUGGGUUUCGAAUAUGGUUACUCCUUGACUUCUCCAGAACAUUUAGUUGUCUGGGAAGCUCAAUUUGGUGAUUUUGCGAACACAGCUCAAGUCAUUAUUGAUCAAUUCAUUGCCGGUGGUGAACAAAAAUGGAAACAACGUUCUGGUCUAGUUUUAUCCUUACCUCAUGGUUAUGAUGGUCAAGGUCCAGAACAUUCUUCAGGUAGAUUGGAAAGAUUCUUACAAAUGGCUAAUGAGGAUCCAAGAUUCUUCCCAUCUGAUACCAAAUUACAAAGGCAACAUCAAGAUUGUAACUUCCAAGUCGUGUAUCCAACUACACCAGCUAACUUGUUCCAUAUUCUUAGAAGACAACAACAUCGUCAAUUCCGUAAACCAUUGGCAUUGUUCUUCUCCAAGCAAUUGUUACGUCACCCAUUAGCUAGAUCUAAUUUAUCUGAAUUUACUGAAGGUGGUUUCCAAUGGAUUAUCGAAGAUGUAGAACAUGGUAAGGCCAUUGGUACCAAGGAAGAAACAAAGAAAUUGGUCUUGUUAAGUGGUCAAGUCUACACUGCUCUACAUAAGAAACGUGAAGAAUUGGGCGAUAAGACUACCGCUUUCUUGAAGAUUGAAGAAUUACAUCCAUUCCCAUUCGCUCAAUUGCGUGAUACUAUCAACAGUUAUCCAAACCUAGAAGAAAUUAUUUGGUGCCAAGAAGAACCAUUAAAUAUGGGUUCAUGGUCUUAUGUUUCUCCAAGAUUACAAACAACUUUGAAGGAAACCGAAAACUAUAAGGAUCAUAGUGUUAGAUACUGUGGUAGAAACCCAAGUGGUGCCGUUGCUGCUGGUAACAAGACAUUACACACUUCUGAAGAAAACGCCUUCUUGAAGGAUGUCUUUGGUCAAUGA